CGCGGUUCAAGGCAACGUCUGAUCAUGUAACAGCUGGCAGGCCUCCAACGCAAUUGCAGCUAAGCUCGGCUCAAACCCGCGCGCAUCCUUUAAUGCAAGCUUCCGCGUCGCCAGAAUGGAGACCAGUAGCGGGUGCGAUGCCUUGCCGGACCAACAGUGGGUGUCCAUCUUCAGCUCGCUAGGCGCCAAGGACCUCUUGCGCGCCUCCUUCGUCAGCCGCCGCUUUAAGAGCAUCGCGCUGCAAGUCCCCAAUGUCAACAACACCGCACGUUUCUACACAAAAGUGCCCCCGCAAUCCAGCGAUCAUCAGAGCUCUUCUUCAGCUCGAAGGGAGCCUCAAAGCUCGGUUGAGCUCAAGGGUCUUAUGAAAAGACUGCCAGGGCUCUUAAAAAAUGCAUUGGUCCUGCGAAUGGAUGAGAGUGCGGGGAACAAGUGUGCAGGGUGCUUGGAGGCAAUGGAAGAAGUGGGGGAGCUGCCAACUAGUUUGGGGGCGCUGGAGUGGAGGGGCGUGCGAGUGGCAGAUCUGCCUGGCAUUGCGCAGCUGCUGCAAAAGGACCUGCGCGAGAUACAGCUGAAGUUUGUGCGCAAGAGGAGCUCUGUCAGUGUACUGGGAGCGUUUAUAGCCGCCGUCGCCAACACAUGCCCUGCCCUUGAAACUUUGCGCCUCCGACUGCACCCCGACAGCCCUCCCGGGCUGGUCAAACUACCGUCGGACUGCGACUCGGACGACGACGUAUGUGAGCCCUCAGACACGUCGGACUGCGACAGUGACUACACGGAAUUCGAAGGGCUCGACUGUGAAGACCCCAAUUCCGGAUUGUUUGUGAUUGAUGAGGUUUCUGCAGACUUGGAACCGAGCUCGGCAAUACUUGGCCCACUGCAAGUGCAAAACGUGCUUUCGGGGGGAGGGGGGAACGCGGACGGCGCUCCUCAAGGCGGAGGCUACGAAGGACUUGCGUUGGACGAGAAUGACGGGGAGUCGUUGGCGGGGGGGUCAGGAACGCAGGAGCGGGUGGCCCCCACAGAGAACUUCUGCGGCUCCGUGCGCCGGUUGUUGCGCAACCGCCGGGUGGUACGAGAGUUACCGUAUGCGAUGCUCGCGCACUUUGAAGGGGCGUGGCGGCACGAGGGCCUGCAGAGCCUGACGCUACAUGGGCUGGCCGACGCGGCGCACUGCACUGACACGAUCAACGCGAUAACGUGUCACUUCCCGGCGCUUCGCCACCUGGCGCUGUCGUCCUGCGCCUCGGGCGGCCACGUCGACGCGCGCGUGGUUCAAAGCCGGGUCUGCCUGUCGAAGACCCUCGAAACGGUACAGAUGUACGGGUUUAUCUACCCCCGGAGCUGCGCGUUCGACAUGCCAAGGCUCAGGCGGCUGGUGCUGACGAGAGCGCACAGGCUUAGCGUCCUGCCACUGGACAACGAAGGCGAAUUGGACACCCCAGCUCUUAUGGUUGGAGUACUCGAUUCCAACGAAGAAGAAGGGCAAGGUGUGGCUUGGAAGCGUUCGCAAGCAAGCUACUUGCAGCUUCACUGCCCAGCCCUGAAGGAGCUCCACCUGGGCUUUCCAAUCAGCGGCGCGGCGCUGUCUGAAGCCGGCACUCGCCUCCUCGCCCUUCGGACGCUCGAACUCCGCGCUCUGUCCGAACCGGACUUCGUCCUGUCCGGCGGCUUCCCCGCUCUUGUUUCCGCGCGCCUUGGAUUCCAGUUCUCGGCCGCACAGUUCUUCAACAUCGAACACCCGACCGUCCGGGCGGUCACCGCAUAUUACGGCGCCCUGAAGGAACCCCUAGACGGUCGGAAGCAUCUGGCAAUUUCCUGCGCCGCGCUGGAAGAUAUAAACGUUCGGGGGGUCCAACGCUUUGGGUCCCGUCGGCAGGCGGACGUACCGUUCGUUUCGGCGAUAUGGGCGCCGCGUUUGCGCCACGUGGAUUUGACCGGAACCGCGGGUUUGACGUCAGCGCUCGGGGCCGCGGCUGACAUCGAGAAGCUCAUGAUAUCUAUCAAGGCUGGCGAGGACCUGGAGCCGCUGAGCGCGCUCAAGAAGCUGCGCGAGCUGCAAGUCCUGUGCGACAAAGGCUGCGACGCGCUCGUUCUCGAAAGCGCGAGCCUGGCCGAGCUAGACGUCAUCAUCAUGUCAGCAGAGCUCGCGCGCGUGCACGUGUCCACUCCCCGGCUGGUCAGGCUCAAAAUCAAAAACGUCGUGAACGCGCCGCUGCACGUGGCGCAGCUCAGGCUGGCCUUGGGGCACGUGUCGAAGCUCCGGCUGCCCUUCGGUGUGACGUCCCUGCAAUUUGGGGCGGAGUGUCCCCGGCUCCAAAAGCUGCAGCUGCCUGCAUAUUUGGGAACUGCGGUGCAUGUGGAUCGGGCGACUUUCCCCGCGCUCAAGAGCCUUCAACUGGUGCUUCCGAAGACCAGACUGCGCAGCGUCAACGUCCGUUCGGAGACUUUGCAACGGUUUAAGGUGCACGCGGUGCGGCCCCUGGCAACCCCCGAGGUGUGCACCAUCCAGUGCCCCCAGCUGAGAGAGUUGCACCUCCACGUGGUACCACCAUCCCUGCGCGCAUUAGGGGCGGGCUGCCCCAGCCUCGAAACCCUGGUGGUAGCCGGGGGCCUGCACAUGGACCCCCCCGCGCAAAUCGAUCCAGACGUAAAGAGAAAGGCGCCUCUGGCAGCGGGCACCCUCCAAAGCUUGAGAAUAUUCUUCGUGCCGUGCGGCACUCGUUUGGGUUUACCUAAGCAAUAUCCGGACCAGGGGUCAAGUGGAGGCGAAACUGGCGGGGGGCUGCGGAUAGUCAACGAAUUUUACCCGGCUUCUACAAAGUCUACGAAAGGCAAGGAGAAAGUUGACGAGGGGGGGGGAGGCGAAGGAGGGAGCGGAGGGGGGGGGCGGGAGAGAGGGAGUGAGGGGAAGGAGGAGACGGCCGAACAGAGCGUGGUGGAGGAGUAUUGCAUUGAGCUGGGGGAGGAAUAUCCAAGUCUCCGGGAGGCGCACAUCCAGGUCUGGACCGGGGCGCAACCUUCAAAAGAAUUUCAGCGCCGGUUCGGUCUGAGCGCCGGCAGGGACUGGUGCAACGCCUCGUCGGCGUUUGAGGAAGAGCCCAGAAUGCGCGGCUCGUGGGACUCGGGGGCGGGCGAUCUCGCGCUCAGAUAUGCGGCCGCCGAUUUCGAAGAGACUGAAGGGAAGGAAGCUUCCCUCAUCGCCUCGCCGGAAGCUGCGAACCCGACUCCAGUGGAUGGGCCCGAGACUCAACGGACGUCCGCACCGUGCACGAAAGCGUCCGAGACAGCAACACGUGCUUCAGAGGUCGGUUCGUCGAACAGAAGCGUCGGAAAGGGAAGUUCGUUCGCGGACGAAGAACCGUUUCUGUCACGUCUGACCAGCAAAAUCCCGUCACAUGGUGAAUUCCCCCGGGGACUCAGCUCGCGCUUCACGAGCCCUUCCCUCAAAGUCAAGGAAGAUAACGUCCGGCUGACGUCCCUCUGUCCAGUUCUGAACCUCGACGUCACGUGUCCGAAGCUCCGGGAAUUGCAAGUGUUUUCGGAUCUGAGGGUGGAGUCUGCAACGGUUGUGUCCACAGAAAUGAGAUGCUUGAGGGGGUGGGUCGUUGCGGAAGGCGCGGAGGGGAUGAGCGAAGGGGUCCGGUUGCUUUGUCCCAAGAUGGAGAAGAUGGAUUGGCAAAUUGCUUGAAGUGCGGACAAGCAAACAGCACUUGAUUUCGUCAGGAGCAUUUGUGAGUUCUGGGGUGAUUUCGGCGCCCGUGUGAGCCAAAGUGUAAUGUGAUCGAGAUUUAGGACUUGAGAUCAGAGAUACGCGUGCCCCUUGGUGGCGAUGUAAGCCAACGAAAACUCGGGGUGUACUGUGUAUAUCGAGACGACUUCAACUUGUAUAUAGAGUGGAGUCCCUCUCACCGUUGAACGUACUUUACAGAAAUGUUUGUACAAAGCUGAGUGGCUGUACAGUUAGUGAGCUAGGAAAAACAGAGGCAACAAGUGAUACUCGAGAACUGGUUGUAGGAAUCGAACCCAGCAUACUUCUUAGAAGCAGCGGUUCACAGUACCAGUCAUUGGCUUAGGACGGAAGUUAGUCCCUUGUGAUUACCACUCAGUCUCUGGUUUGCUGGGAUUGUUAGACAGUGUCUGAAGGAAUAGGUGGGCCUUGGUACUAAAAGUUGCCGCAACCCUUCGCAAUCGCAUCCAUUGGCGG